CCACAGCCUCCACAGGUUAAAGAGGACAGGAGGAACUCUGUACCAGUCAGGAGGGAGCAGCUUGUAGUGAAGCAGGAGACUGACACCUUUAUGUUGACUCCUACUUAUGAGGAAAGUGACCACAGUGAAGCAGAACUGAAAAGUGACCACCAGUCCUCUCUCACAACUGUCAUGUAGCUGAGAGCCAAGAUCAGAAAGGAGGCAAGUAUGAAGACUCAGGAUCAACUAGAGAUGCAGAGCCAAAACUAAAGAAUCAAGAUCACAACAGCAGAAGCCCCAGAAACAAUGUACACAAGUCUACCAUGUCAGAGGUUCACCAUAAUCCUCACACAGAGCUCCCACAGCAACAUGUCUGUAAGGAGGAGGAGGUUCUGGCUGACCAGCAGCUCUGUAUUCAGGAGAGGAUCCCCGGUCUGGACCAGGAGGACCCACAGCCUCCACAGGUUAAAGAGGAACAGGAGGAACUCUGUACCAGUCAGGAGGGAGAGCAGCUUGUAGUGAAGCAGGAGACUGACACCUUUAUGUUGACUCCUACUUAUGAGGAAAGUGACCACAGUGAAGCAGAACUGAAAAGUGACCACCAGCUCCUCUCUCACAACUGUCAUGUAGCUGAGAGCCAAGAUCAGAAAGGAGGCGAGCAUGAAGACUCAACUAGAGAUGCAGAGCCAAAACAAAAGAAUCAAGAUCACAACAGCAGAAGCCCCAGAAACAAUGUACACAAGUCUACCAUGUCAGAGGUUCACCAUGAUCCUCACACAGGUUCACUCACCCUUGUCCUCUGUCAAGUCAGCUGGGCUCGCUCACCUGCCCUCUCCCCUCGGACUUCUUCCAGGCCGUCCUCCCGGCUCUCCCUCGUGCCUCCCCAGUCAGCCUGCCACCACACUCCUCCACCAACCCCCUGAUCAGUUCUCCAGUGCCUCCUCUCUUCCUCGGCCCACAGUGGCUCUCUGGUCUCAGUCUCCUUGGUUCCCCGUGCCUGCGUUUCCCCGGCAUCCACCUCUCCCUCAACUCCAGUGCCUCAACCCCUUCUUUCCCCUAAUAAAACCUAUUAAUCUUGA